AAUUUCACACCAAACUAUCACCAAAGGCCAGCUUUUUUCUCUCUUUGUGCAUAAUACACAAAAAUUUCACAUAACACACAGUUUUGUGAGAGAAAAAGAGAAGGCAAAAUAACAAUAGUAAUACUACUACUAUUAUGGCAUCUGAAUUGAUUUACCGUGGACCGGAAUCACAACCGGUUCCUGAAAACGGUUACACUCCCAAACCACACAAACCAUGGUUCAAUGUUAUUCGCCCCAUUCGUUACUUGUUACGCGAACAACGUGUCGUUUUCCUAUUGGCUGGCAUUGCUAUCGCCUCUCUUAUUUUCGCUCUCUUGCCAUCAUCAUCGCGUUCCACCCAAUUAAGUUACGCGAACACCGGGAUCUACGACUCGUAUUUGCCUUCCGAGUCAACCCAUGUGGCCCAGCGAAUGGCCUACCAUAAUCGGGUCGGGUCAGGGUUCGGGUCGUUUAAUUCUGGUGGGAAGAUCCCGUUGGGUUUGAAACGUAAAGGUUUGAGGAUUGUGGUGACUGGUGGUGCUGGUUUUGUAGGCAGUCAUCUUGUGGAUCGUUUGAUUGCUAGAGGUGAUAGUGUGAUUGUUGUUGAUAAUUUCUUUACGGGAAGGAAGGAGAAUGUUAUGCAUCAUUUUGGUAAUCCUAGGUUUGAGCUCAUAAGACAUGAUGUUGUUGAACCACUUUUGCUUGAAGUUGACCAGAUCUAUCAUCUUGCUUGUCCUGCAUCUCCUGUUCAUUACAAGCAUAAUCCCGUCAAGACUAUUAAGACUAAUGUGGUGGGAACAUUGAACAUGCUGGGAUUGGCGAAAAGAGUCGGUGCGCGUUUUUUGCUAACGAGCACCAGUGAGGUGUAUGGUGAUCCAUUAGAACAUCCACAAAAGGAGACUUACUGGGGCAACGUUAAUCCCAUCGGUGUCCGAAGUUGUUACGAUGAGGGAAAGCGAACGGCUGAAACAUUGACCAUGGACUACCACAGAGGAGCUGGUGUCGAGGUGAGGAUUGCUAGGAUCUUUAACACCUAUGGACCUCGUAUGUGCAUUGAUGAUGGUCGCGUUGUCAGCAACUUUGUUGCUCAGGCCUUAAGGAAGGAGCCUUUGACUGUUUAUGGUGAUGGGAAGCAAACAAGAAGUUUCCAAUUUGUUUCAGAUCUGGUUGAAGGCCUAAUGCGCUUGAUGGAAGGAGAACACGUCGGUCCCUUCAACCUCGGAAACCCUGGUGAAUUCACAAUGCUUGAACUUGCUAAGGUGGUCCAGGAAACCAUUGAUCCAAAUGCUCAGAUUGAACACAGACCAAACACAGAGGAUGACCCACACAAGAGGAAGCCUGAUAUCUCAAGGGCUAAAGAGUUACUUGGUUGGGAACCAAAGGUGGCUCUAAGGAAAGGUCUGCCUAUGAUGGUGCAAGACUUUAGGCAACGUAUUUUUGGUGACCACAAAGAAGAUAGUUCAAAGGUUACCACAGCUUAAUAGUGUAUUUGGGUAUCGCUAUGCUGGUUUUAACUUGGUCAGGGGCGAAAUGCACAGCGGCGAAAGAUGACUCUUUGUACUCAUUUAGUUUCAGCAGAAGUGCAGGCAGCGGUAGACUGAGCCCCCUAGUUCUUUGAAUAGUGUAAUAGUUAUUUCAUGUUACAUUCCUGUCAAUUUUGUAAUUCUAUUAUCCUUUUAUAACACUUGAUGUAGACGAGCAGACUCCAUUAUUAUCAUAAGAAUAAACAGGUCCGCAUUUUUUCA